AUGCGCCAGCAGUUUCUCUGGGCUGUAAGAAGAAACGACGACAGUGACAGGCAAAAUAGUAUCCCGUGCCAAUUCAAAACCUUUGAUAAAACAAGAAUAGUUGAAAGUUCCGCUAAAACUUAUUUCACUUCAUGUAAUAUUUUAACAACUGCUUCAAAGUACGAGGAAGUAUAA